AUGGCAUGGGACACCUCGGUGGUCCAAAUCGCCAAUGUGAGCUACGACACAUUUGCCAUCACGGGAGAGGUCACGACUAGGGAUGAGUCCAAAUGGUGGCUUACUACAGUUUAUGGGCCACAAGGUGUGGAGGAGAAAAUCUUGUUUCUGCAUGAGUUGUUGCAGAGAAGGACGCUUUGCCCGGGGCCGUGGAUGGUGGCUGGAGAUUUCAAUAUGAUUUUGAACGCUUCUGAGAAGAACAAUGAGAACCUCGAUAGGAAUAUGAUGCAGCGCUUCAGGGCGGUGCUUGUUUCGGUAGACUGGGACUUGCAGCAUUGCGACUCUGUGCUGCAAGGGUUAUCCUCGUCGGUCUCGGAUCAUGCGCCACUUCACUUGGCCCUCAAUGCGGCCUUUCGUCCUAGGAGAAGGUUCAAGUUUGAGAGCUUCUGGCUCAAGUUGGAGGGAUUUGAUGAGGCGGUUAAGGAGGCCUGGGUAUGUGACCCCGGCAUUGUGGAUCCCUUCCGGAGGUUGGACGCGCUAUUCAGGAAUGCGGCGGAGCGUCUGCAGUCUUGGGGGCAAAAACGGGUUGGGAACGUCAAGCUAAACAUUGCGAUCGCUAACACCUUGAUCUUGCGUCUUGAUGUGGCCCAGGAGAGACGGAGGUUGACCCCCGUGGAGAUCUGGCUGAGGAGAACUCUCAAGCAAUCUGUGCUUGGGCUUGCUUCGCUUGAGCGUACCAUGGCGAGACAAAGGUCGAGAGUUCGUUGGUUGAAAGAGGGGGAUGCCAACACAGCCCUUUUUCAUGCGGUUGCCAAUGGGAGAAGGGCGAAGAACCACAUUGCUUCUGUGAGGAUUGGAGAGGAGAUUGUGACGGAUCAGGAGAGAAAAGUGGAGGUUUUCACCGAGGCUUAUUUCCAGCUGCUGGGGAAGGUGCAACCGAGAGAGUACUCGAUUGAUCUGGAAGAGCUUGAGAUCCCCACAGCUCACCUACAGGACCUGGAUGACAUGUUCACUGAAGAGGAGAUCUGGAGGGUGGUUAAAGACCUACACCCGGACCGGGCGCCGGGACCGGAUGGUUUCACAGGAGCUUUCUACCAGAGGGCGUGGCCGAUCAUCAAGGGAGAUAUUCUCGCUGGCUUGUUCAAAUUGAGUGUAGGAGAUGGGCGCGGCUUUGCCCGCCUAAACCGAGCCCUCAUCACCUUAGUCACUAAGAAGCAGGAUGCCACAGAGGUCAAGGACUAUCGCCCCAUUAGCUUGGUGCAUAGUUUUGCAAAACUAUUCUCCAAGAUUAUGGCGAAUAGGCUCCGGAGCAGGUUGAGCGAGGUUGUGAGCACCAACCAAUCGGCUUUUGUUAGAGGAAGGUCCCUACAUGAUAACUUCAUCUUAGUGAGGCAAGUGGCAAGGAAAAUCAAUCUACAGAGGCAGUCGGGCGUGCUCCUCAAGUUGGAUCUCUCGAGGGCCUUUGAUUCUAUAUCUUGGAGUUUCCUUUUUGAGGUCCUUCGACGCAUGGGGUUCGGAGAGAGAUUUUUAAAGUGGGUGCCCUUGCUGCUUAACACAGCAAACACUAGAGUGUUGGUGAACAGCGUCCCUGGAGGUAGGAUUGUUCAUGUCAGAGGCCUCAGACAGGGUGAUCCCACAUCACCUAUGUUGUUUGUGGCGGCUAUGGAGGUACUGACUGCGGCAGUCAAGAAAGCCGCAGAGAGACAACUUUUUGCCGGGCUUGCGGGGAUCACAGCGCUUCAGAGGAUAUCGGUGUAUGCGGAUGAUGUGGUUAUCUUCUGCAAGCCGCUGGCCGCAGAGUUGGAGGCGGUGAAGGCCAUCGACAACUUCCACGCCAUUUCUACUUCGUAUGCCAGUAUAUUGGAGGAGAACGAGGACGACAUUCAUCAAGCGUCGCUAGAAGCAUGUGAUGAAGGAUAUGAGGCCGAAGAGGUUGAAUGCGUGGACGAGGGAUCCUUCGAUGCUUCUCAACCAAAUUAG